AUGGAAUUAAGUUUACGUACUGUCAGGACUUUCAACCGGCUUUUACGAAAACCCUUAGGAAUCGUAGCUCAUAGGAGUGUCACGGGCACAGCAGUAAAGGAAGAAGUUAAUACAGAGUUGCUGAAUGUAUUUAACCGGGAUAUAAAUAAUGGUGGUGCAGUACCAGUAUUUCGCAGAGCCUUAUUGUUCCCGACGCGGGUAGCCUUACAAGAUGAGCUUGGCAUAUACACGUACGCUGGCCUCUACCAAGCAGCGUCUGUGCUGUCACAGGAGAUCGCUGCGCAGUUGGUUGGCGAAUCAGACAGAACAAUUGCAUACAUGUGCAACAAUGAUGCGUCGCACGUCAUCGCGCAGUGGGCUAUUUGGAUGACUGGGAAUAUCGCGGUACCCCUAACACCACUACAUCCCCCAGAAAUGUUGAAGUACUAUCUAACAGACAGUUAUUCAAGCUUAGUACUAUGUACACAAGAAUUCGAGAAAGUUCUACGGCCCAUAACUCUAGAGAUGCACAAACCACUAUUGGUAAUGGGUAGAGAUAAUGUCCUGACUGCACAAUUGUACCAGCCCAAUACGUCAUUCUUGAAACCAAAGGCCGAGAAUAAUUUGACUGAUGUCGGAAAAAGUAAUGAGUGGUACGGGAACAAUGAAGCUCUCAUUAUUUAUACUAGUGGAACAACAAGCAAGCCGAAAGGAGUAGUAUGGACCCACAGUAUGCUUCAGACACAAAUAUCAGCGUUACACUCCGCGUGGCAGUACUCAGCCAACGAUGUGGUGUUACACACGUUGCCCUUACAUCACAUACAUGGACAGCUCAACUCUAUGCUAGCGUCUUUGGCUGCUGGUGCCAGGCUCAGAAUGCUACCGUCUUUCGUGUCUCACAACGUCUGGUCUCGUCUACUGGGCAUGGGGGAGCGGGAUGAGACCAAAGUAACAGUCUUCCACGGCGUCCCUGCUAUGUACGCGAGGCUGGUCGCUGACUAUGACAGAAUGUUCUCUGACUCGAAGACUGCGGAGUACGUUCGUACUACGCUAGGCAGUAGAAUGAGACUCAUGUGUGCUGGGUCUGCUCCGUUACCGGCGCAACUGUUUUUGAAAUGGGAGGAGAUAUCUGGCAUGCGUCUUCUGGAAAGAUUUGGUAUGUCUGAAGUGGGUAUGGCGUUAAGUAACCCCUACCGGCCGGUGGAGGCUCGCAGUGUAGGGUGCGUAGGGCUCCCCCUACCGGGAGUCUCUGCGAGAAUAGUCUCACAACGAGAGGACACCGGGGAACUUGAGCCUUUGGUAACUGUUGAGACUCCGGUACCAGAGACACAGAUAUGCCUGGACCGUCUCGGGUUGUCAUCAAAGGAUUUUUUCUUGGACUCUGACAAGUACGAGUGGAAGGCCCCAACAAUCACUAAACACAAGGAACUUACCGAAAAUGUGUACCAUGGAGAACUGCUCAUAAAGGGACCCGCUGUAUUCACUAGAUACUGGAACCGGUCCCCGACACUAAACGCGUCAGACUUCACAGAAGACGGCUGGUUCCGUACAGGAGACACAGCAUCCUUCGAAGACGGCAAGUUCAGGAUAUUGGGACGCACAUCAGUAGACAUAAUCAAAACGGGAGGAUACAAAGUAAGUGCCUUGCAAGUAGAGAGCGCCAUCUUAGACCACCCUAGUAUUGCCGACGCAGCCGUACUUGGAAUCGAAGACGAAAACUACGGAGAAAUCGUUUCAGCAGUGGUGGUACUUAAAGAAAAUGCUAAACUAACUCUUCAAGAGUUAAAAGAAGCAGCUGGGAAGAAACUAGCUCCCUAUCAGCUACCUAAAACUCUGCUUGUUACGAAUGAAAUGCCUAGAAACGCGAUGGGUAAAUUGGAUAAGAAAGUUAUAAGGCAAACCUUUGGUAAGCAAUUAGUUAUGCCGAAGAAGUAG